AAAAAAAGCUGCAAGUGUUUUCCAUUUCAUCAAAGGACACAUAUUACUUUAGUGGUUCGGUAAAAUGUUGGUUUUAUGCCCACCCCUUUUCAAUCUGCCCAUGUCUGAGGUGCACGAAGAGACGCACAAUCGCGAGCAGCUUACGACACUCAGUGAGCAGUAGGUGCCUGUGCAAGCUCGCGCCGCACACUGCCUGGUGGAGGGAAGGAGCCGGGCGCCGCUCUCUGCUCCCCGCGCCGCCGCCCGCAAAGCAUGAGCGAGCCUGUUCUCUGCAGCUGCCCAGGGCGCGAAUGGCCGGCGGUCUCAGCGGAGUGAAAGGUGGCGCCGGUCACUGGUUCUUUCCAAUGACGGACAUUAACCAGACUGUCAAAUCCCGGGGAGUCGCGAGCCCCGAGUUUGGAGUUUUUUCCCCCACCGCGUCACAGUCCGAACUGCAGAGGGAAAGGACGACGGCAGGAAGGCAAAGCCCAGGCUCCGGCACGUAGUUGGGAAACUUGCGGGUCCUAGAAGUCGCCUCCCCGCCUCACCCGCCGCCCUUGCAGCCCGGAGCCGAGCAGCAAAGUGAGACAUUGUGCGCCUGCCAGAUCCGCCGGCCGCGGACCGGGGCUGCCUCGGAAACACAGAGGGGUCUUCUAUCGCCCUGCAUAUAAUUAGCCCGCACACAAAGGGAGCAGCUGAAUGGAGGUUGUCACUCUCUGGAAAAGGGUGGAUUUCUGACCGAGCGCUUCCAAUGGACAGUCUCCAGUCUCUCUGGAAAGAUUCUCGCUAAUGGAUUUCCUGCUGCUUGGUCUCUGUCUAUACUGGCUGCUGAGGAGGCCCUCGGGGGUGGUCUUGUGUCUGCUGGGGGCCUGCUUUCAGAUGCUGCCCGCCGCCCCCAGCGGGUGUCCGCAGCUGUGCCGGUGCGAGGGGCGGCUGCUGUACUGCGAGGCGCUCAACCUCACCGAGGCGCCCCACAACCUGUCCGGCCUGCUGGGCUUGUCCCUGCGCUACAACAGCCUCUCGGAGCUGCGCGCCGGCCAGUUCACGGGGUUAAUGCAGCUCACGUGGCUCUAUCUGGAUCACAAUCACAUCUGCUCGGUGCAGGGGGACGCCUUUCAGAAACUGCGCCGAGUUAAGGAACUCACGCUGAGUUCCAACCAGAUCACCCAACUGGCCAACACCACCUUCCGGCCCAUGCCCAACCUGCGCAGCGUGGACCUCUCCUACAACAAGCUGCAGGCGCUGGCGCCCGACCUCUUCCAUGGGCUGCGGAAGCUCACAACACUGCACAUGCGGUCCAACGCCAUCCAGUUCGUGCCCGUGCGUAUUUUCCAGGACUGCCGCAGCCUUAAGUUUCUCGACAUCGGAUACAAUCAGCUCAAGAGCCUGGCGCGCAACUCUUUCGCAGGCUUGUUCAAGCUCACCGAGCUGCACCUGGAGCACAACGACUUAGUCAAGGUGAACUUCGCCCACUUCCCGCGCCUCAUCUCCCUGCACUCUCUCUGCCUGAGGAGGAACAAGGUGGCCAUUGUGGUCAGCUCGCUGGACUGGGUCUGGAACCUGGAGAAAAUGGACCUGUCGGGUAACGAGAUCGAGUACAUGGAGCCCCAUGUGUUCGAGACGGUGCCGCACCUGCAGUCCCUGCAGUUGGACUCCAACCGUCUCACCUACGUCGAACCCCGUAUCCUCAACUCGUGGAAGUCGCUUACUAGCAUCACUCUGGCCGGGAACCUGUGGGACUGCGGGCGCAACGUGUGCGCCCUGGCCUCGUGGCUCAGCAACUUCCAGGGGCGCUAUGACGGCAACUUGCAGUGCGCCAGCCCGGAGUACGCACAGGGCGAGGACGUGCUGGACGCCGUCUACGCCUUCCACUUGUGCGAGGAUGGGGCCGAGCCCACCAGCGGCCACCUGCUCUCGGCUGUCACCAACCGCAGUGACCUGGGACCGCCUGCCAGCUCGGCCACCACGCUGGCCGACGGCGAGGAGGGGCAGCGCGAUGGCACGCUGGAGCCGGCCACUGUGGCUCUCCCGGGAGCCGGGGAGCAUGCCGAGAAUGCCGUCCAGAUCCACAAGGUGGUCACCGGCACCAUGGCCCUCAUCUUCUCCUUCCUUAUCGUGGUCCUGGUGCUCUACGUGUCCUGGAAGUGUUUCCCAGCCAGCCUCAGGCAGCUCAGACAGUGCUUCGUCACGCAGCGCAGGAAGCAAAAGCAGAAACAGACCAUGCAUCAGAUGGCUGCCAUGUCUGCCCAGGAAUACUACGUUGAUUACAAACCCAACCACAUUGAAGGAGCGCUGGUGAUCAUCAACGAGUACGGCUCCUGCACCUGCCACCAGCAGCCCGCGAGGGAAUGCGAGGUGUGAGCUUCCCAGUGGCUGUCAACCCCUGCGCUACCAAAUAAGCCUGGGCAGCUGGGCGGGCCGGCAAGAGGAGCAGGCUGGGGUCUCCUAGUUUGUGCUCUGAUUUGCACCUUGACUGAAACUGUAAGGGGAUCUUUCCCAGAGACUUGAUAUUUUAGCUUUAUUGUGUCUUAAAAAAAAAAAAAAACACAACAAAAAUCCCAUCCCACAACCUUCUUGGACAGUCUAUCUUAAAUUUCAUAUGAGAACUCCUUCCUCCCUUUGAAGAUCUGUCCAUAUUCAGGAAUCUGAGAGUGUAAAAAGGUACCAAUCAUUGAUUUUUUUUUGUAAACUAAAAUGUUUAAAAUAAAAUAGCAUUUACAGUU